CUAUGUUAUGUACCACAGCACCUCCCUACUCCGUACUCCUUCCUUACUUAGGUACCUGGGUAGGCAGUUAUAUCAUUAAGAAACCUCCUCGAGGGCGGUUGACUUACUCCCUUCAUAUUUUGCCAGACUUUCACAACACUUUGAGCUAUGCAGACCCUAAGGAACGUCCCGAGGCUCUCCCCUCUACACAAUAGCAAGUCUAUGCGGGCCAGAAGGCAACUUUGUGUUGAAUGUCGAGGAAGUCCUAUAUCUAGAGAAGACUUAUUUCGAUACACGAACGGGCGAUUCCUUACUGAGGAAGGUGCCCAAUUUUCAAAGCGUUAUGUUCGUUUCAACGUCGACCAACUAUGCGAUGUAGUUGCAAGUGUUUCAGGAUCAAAGCGAUCACCAGUUUCGAAGAUAGAAAAGUUGGAGGGUGGCUUUAGCAAAGCACUUCUUAUGACAACGGAGGAUGGGUCUGAGUACAUUGUCAAGAUUCCUUGUCCAAAUGCGGGGAGGCCUAUGUACUGCACAGCCUCUGAGGUUGCCGUGCUAGACUUCAUACGGACACGUACAACUAUUCCCGUUCCUAAGGUUCUCGCCUGGAGCUCCGAUACGACCAAUGCAGUGGGAGCAGAAUAUAUUGUUAUGGAAAGAGUUCCCGGCAUACAGAUUUUCAAGAAAUGGGAUGAGAUGGGCGAGAGCAAUCGGAUCUCCUUAAUUAAACGUCUCACACAAUGGGAACAUGAACUCUCUGAAAUCCAGUUUCCGGCAUACGGCAACCUGUAUUAUAAGAGUUCUCUGAGUGAUUCUGAGACGGUACCAUUGGAUUCAUCCAUUGACCCUGAAGGUGAAUUCUGUGUUGGUCCUUCUUGUGAUCCCUCAUGGCUCAUCCAGCAUGGCCAUCAGCUUCUACCAGGUGUCUAUCGCGGUCCUUGGAGAACACUUUGUGACAUGGGAAUAUCUCUUAUUGGACGCUCAUUGGUUAAAGCUAACCAACACCAAAACACUCAGCUUCCCGCAUCUUUAUAUGGUUCUUCACAGGAUCAUCUGUCCCUUCUUCAUAUGGCCAGAGAAGUCAUGCCUACCAUAUCAGAAAACUCCAGGCUUUUGGAAAUGUCUCGUCCAAUUUUAUGGCAUGCCGAUCUCCAUAUGGGCAAUAUAUUUGUCUCUGAAAAUGACCCAGGAAAAGUGACUGGCUUUAUUGAUUGGCAGAAUACUUCCAUCAACCCUUUAUUUCUGCAAGUUCGAUGGCCUGUCUUCUUGAGUCCACCUGAGGAUUAUCAAGAGGGCCAGGUAAUGCCUAAACUUCCCCCUGGCUUCGAGGAUAUGGAUGAUGAAGAAAAGGAACUCGCGUUAUAUAACAAAGCAAAGGCUACUUGGACGAAAGCUUACGAAGUUUCAAGCUUCUUGGUCAACAGGAAAUGCUGGCAAGGAAUGCAAAUCCCGUCACCAUUACAGGGGAUAUUCCGCCGUUGUGGUCAAAUUUGGGAUGAAGGUUCCACUCCUCUCCGAGAAGUACUGAUUGAAAUCUUUCUCAGUCAGCGAGAUUUAGGAUUUGCACCGGGAAGUCUGCCACUCCACUUUAGUGAAGGGCAGAUUGCACGGCAUAAACAGGAAUUCGAAAUUUACCAAGAAUGGCAUCAAAUGCGCAAGUUUUCCAAGGAGAUGCUGGACACCGAUGACGAAGGUUGGGUUCCUCCUGAGCGUGAUUUGGAUGAAACGAAGUGCCGGAACAAGAUGCUCUUUGAGUACUACGUAUCUAAGAUGCGCCUAAGGACUCCUGAUGAAGUAAAGAACAUGUGGCCAUUCCCUCUAGAUAGUACAUAGAUUGCCUUGAGCAGUUUCUCUGCCGAGCUAUUGCCUAGAAACAGCUCUUAAAAAAGCAACGAGGCUGAAAUAGGCACCUGAUACACUGAGGUACGGUAGGUAGGUAGGUUCAUUGUCCAGCUCAAGUCCGAGCCGUACUUGCC